AUGGCCUGUCACCUCAGCCUGGCCUCCUUUGUCCCGUUCACCACAUCUGGAGGUGCCACACGGAGUGCUGAUGUCUGCAGCAGCCCUAGGUAUACAAGAAAUCUUGUGGACAAUGGAAAUGGAAAGUUCAACUUGAUGAUCUUGUGCUGGGGUGAAGGGCAUGGCAGCAGCAUCCAUGAUCACACUGACUCACACUGCUUUAUGAAGAUCCUCCAGGGAAAUCUAAAGGAGACUCUGUUUGAAUGGCCUGAGAAAAAAGGGAAUGGUGAAAUGACGAAGAAAUCGGAACGAGUUUUGAGGGAAAAUCAAUGUGCCUACAUUAAUGACUCCAUUGGCCUGCACCGCGUGGAGAACAUAAGCCACACAGAGUCUGCUGUUAGCCUGCAUUUGUACAGUCCACCCUUCGACAGCUGUAACACCUUUGACCAGAGGACUGGACACAAGCACAAAGUCAAGAUGACCUUCUACAGCCAGUUUGGAGAGAGGACUCUCUGCGCCACAGCAGUGCCGCAGGAGAACAACUGAGAAGCACCAGCACGCGUUUGCAUAAGACCUGCUGAAUGUUUAACCAGGGACAGACGACUCGCAUGGCUAAGGCCGACAGCCAGCUGUAUGUCUAUACCUUGUACACAGGAGUACACUAGGGCAGCUUCCAGGCCACUCGCAGUUUCCCCGAGCAAAUGCCAGUUAUGGGACACUAAGCUAACUAGUGCCAUAAACUACUUCAGAGGUUAGAUGCCUUUUCUUAGGCUUCUGUCAGAAUUAAGUAGUUUGUUUUCUGAUUCUAGGCUCCUCUUAAUUCCUCUUCUGAUAGCACACUGAGAAUAUCAGAAAUAGGUUUUUUAAACAUUGUCUGACACUACUUAAUAAGCCUACAUGU